ACACGCUCCACUGACACAAGCUUCACGCUGCCGGGCAGCCGCUGAUCACGCGUGGCCCCGCGAGCCCAUUGGCCGGCGCCUCACACACCUUUGUCGCUGAUUGGCCGGCCUCAGGCUCCGCCCCCACCCCCGCCCGCGGCUCGGGGCAGGCGGAGCGGCUACCUGAAUGGGGAGGGGGGCAGACGGCGCGGAGCGCGGCGGCGGCGGGAGCGGCGUCGAGUGUCUCUGGGCGCUCGUCUGUGGCCAGGCAGCCAAGGACAGCCUUGCAGCCAGUCAGCUCGUCGCCGGCGGCCGGGCAGCCAACCAUGCUCAACUUCGGCGGCGCUUCUCUCCAGCAGGCUACGGAGGAAAGAAUGGAAAUGAUCUGUGAAAGAUCAAAAGAGAGUGUGUAUUCCUGGAACAAAACUGCAGAGAAAAGUGACUUUGAAGCUGUAGAAGCACUGAUGUCAAUGAGCUGCAGUUGGAAGUCUGAUUUUAAGAAAUACAUUGAAAACAGACCCGUCACUCCAGUGUCUGAUACGUCAGAGGAAGAGAAUCUGCUUCCUGGUACACCUGAUUUUCAUACCGCAAUCCCAGCAUUUUGUUUGACUCCACCUUACAGUCCCUCUGACUUUGAACCGUCUCAAGUGUCAAAUCUGAUGGCACCAGCGCCACCUACUGGACACUUCAAAUCAUUGUCAGAUACUGCCAAGCCUCACAUUGCUGCUGUACCUUUCAAAGAGGAGAAGAACCCUGUACCUGCCCCCAAACUCCCCAAGGCUCAGGCAACCAGUGUGAUUCGUCAUACAGCUGAUGCCCAGCUGUGUAACCACCGAUCUUGCCCCGUGAAAGCAGCCAGCAUCCUCAACUAUCAGGACAAUUCAUUUCGGAGAAGAACCCACCUAAACCCUGAGGCUGCAAGAAAAAACAUACCUUGUGCCGCUGUGUCACCAAACAGGUCCAAACGUGAGAGAGACACAGAGGCAGAUGUCGAAGAGAAACCAAGCCCCGCUGCACUUUAUGACUUUUCUGUGCCUUCCUCGGAGACUGUCAUCUGCCGACCUCAGCCGGCCCCCGCGUCCCCACAGCAGAAGUCGGUCUUAGUCUCUCCACCCGCAGUGUCCUCAGCAGGAGUACCCCCUAUGCCGGUCAUCUGCCAGAUGGUUCCCCUUCCUGCAAACAACCCCGUCAUGACGACCGUCGUCCCCAGCACGCCCCCCAGUCAGCCGCCAGCUGUCUGCCCACCUGUCGUAUUCAUGGGCACUCAGGUGCCCAAGGGCGCCGUCAUGUUCGUUGUACCCCAGCCGGUGGUUCAGAACCCAAAGCCUCCGGUGGUGAGCCCAAAUGGCACCAGACUCUCUCCCAUUGCCCCUGCUCCUGGGUUUUCCCCUUCCUCAGCGAAAGUCACUCCUCAGAUUGACUCAUCCAGGAUAAGAAGUCACAUCUGCAGCCACCCAGGGUGCGGCAAGACCUACUUUAAGAGUUCUCAUCUGAAGGCCCACAUGAGAACUCAUACAGGAGAAAAACCUUUUAGCUGUAGCUGGAAAGGUUGUGAAAGGAGGUUUGCCCGUUCAGAUGAACUGUCCAGACACCGACGAACCCACACAGGUGAGAAGAAGUUCGCCUGUCCCAUGUGUGACCGGCGGUUCAUGAGGAGCGACCAUUUGACCAAACACGCCCGUCGCCACCUGUCAGCCAAGAAGCUACCAAACUGGCAGAUGGAAGUGAGCAAGUUAAAUGACAUUACCCUACCUCCAACCCCAGCUCCCACGCAGUAAUAGACGGAUGGUGAAGAAUCAGACUAACUUUAACUUUGGUCACAGCCAGAAGCCAGUGGUGAUAGAAAAAUGCUUCCACUGCAGGUCUGUGGCCCUCCAGUGUGGGCUGCAAGCAGAAGCCCCACGGCCUGGGGAGAAGGCCCAGCCUGGGUUAGAUGGUAAGAAGUGCUGCGGCCACAGGCAGGUCACCGAGUGGCAGGACUAGUUUCUUACCACAUAAGAGAGAGAAGAAAGCUUUUAUUCAAUAUUUUUUGAAGGUUUCAGGUGAGGUCACCCCAACCACCGGUAGCACAGAUUUUGAAUUUGUGUGCACAACUUCUUGUUUUACUUUCACCAUUUAUACUUGAGACCAACUUUUCAAUGUGAUUCUUCAAAAGCACUGGUUUCAAGAGUAUAGAGACUGGAAAACAUUACGGUACAGAGAUGGAGAUGUAAAAUUGGUUUUGUAUUAUCACGAAUAUUAUUAUCUUUUCCUAGAGUUACCUUGUUUACUAUUCUUAGUCUUUCCAUUCAACUCGUGGAUGUAGUUGUUAAAUAUAUCUAGAACUAGCAUUUUUACACUAGUUGCUGAUGUUUGGAAUUGAGCAACUGUAUAUUGCUGAAGAGGUCCCAAAGAAUUGGGAUCCUCAUUAAUUUAAUUGCUUUGAAAUGUAGCUUCAAUUUUUUCUUGCAUUUUUGUUUUAAAAGUUCAACAAAUGACUAUUACUAGGUAUUUUAUUAUGCUUUGAAUCUUAGUUGGUUGCAGUUUCUUGUAUAGAUGUGAAAAUUGUAUACCAAUGUGUUUUCCAUAGACUCUAAAAUACACUGCACUUUGUUUAGAAAAAAAAUUGAAGAUGAAAACAUAUUGUAAAGAAGGGAUAUUAAGGAUUUUAGAUAACUCCUUGAAAAAGAUGGCUUAGGUCAUCAGUAAAGUACCCUUAUGUUAUGAGGAUAUAACAUGUGCUUUAUUGAAUUAGAAAGUUAGUGACCAUUAUUCACAAAUGGAUAAAUGUCCUGUUAAUUUAUAGAAGUUUUUUUUUUGGGGGGGAGGGGAGAAUGUGGAACAAGAUAGGUAGAAAAAUAGAACAUUCACUUUUGUUAACAGUAUUUCUGUUAUAUUCUGUUGUGUAGUGGAUGAUAUACCCAGUGGUAAAACAAAAGUCAAUUGUUGAAAAUAUGUAGUGAAAAAUGUCACUAUGUCUUUCCAUUUAACAUUUUUCUCUAUAUUGGGUACAGAUUUCUGCCAUCAAAACUUUGGACCCUUGGAAAACAAAAAUGAACUUUUAAUUAAAAGAAAUCCUUGUGAUUUACAAUUUGCACAAUAUUUCUUUUGUUGUACUUUAUAUCUUGUUUACAAUAAAGAAUUUCCUUUGGUAUA